AUGGAAAAGGGUAAAUCCAAAUCAUGUUUUUCUUCAACUAAGUCCCCAAAACUUGAAAGAAAAGUCGUUGAGAAGAACAGAAGAAAUCGGAUGAAGAUUCUCUACUCUGGCCUAUUCUCUCUAAUCCCAGAUCCCGGCUCCUUGCAAGGGAUGCCAUUACCUGAUCAAAUGAAUGAAGUUGUAACGUACAUCGAGAGCUUAAAGAUGAAGGUGGAGAAGAUGAAGGAGAAGAAGCAGUCACUGUUUUCAAGAAAAAGAUCACGUUCUUGUAUUACAAGUGAAUUUCAAGGCAACAGAAAGCCUUCACCACCUCUAGUAGAAAUUCACGAUAUGGGACCAAAUAUGGAUGUGAUAUUAGUUAGUGGGCUUGAUGAUUUAUCAAAAUUUUACAGCAUACUUCACUCACUUCAUGAAAAUGGUAUUGAAGUUGCCAAUGCAAAUUUUUCAAUACAUGGAAAUUCCACCAUCCAAAUCCUACAUGACAAGAUUUGGACAUCAAAAAUGGGAUUCGAAGUUACAACAAUGUCAAGAAGGCUCAAGCAUUUGAUCUGUGGAUCCACACAGAGUGAAGUAGAAUCAAAUAUAGAUUCUGAAAUCCAAUCAGAUAUUUGGGGAAUUGGAAUUCAAGACUUCAUCGAUCCUUGUAUGAGUUUGGAAUUUUAUCAAGAUUAUGAAUAUAUGUGA